AUGGGAGUCUUUGCAAAACUAAAACAGAAGAGCGCAGUAGCAGAAGGCUUGGCAGGAAGUGUCAGGGACAAUCCUAAUCCACAAUGGCAACCCCCACCAAAACAGCAUGUGGAGCUCGGCACUAUCGACUACGUCAAUCUGACUGCCGACGGCAAACAUGGCGACUUUGACGCCGCCAUUAAUAUUGCGAGAUUGACUGGAAAGACCAUCUUUGCCAACUUUGUAGAGUGGUCCGGGUGA